AGCGGCUGUCUCAGCUUUUCCAGUUGGACUGCUCGCACCGUUCCGCGUUCCCGGCGACGGCGACGCAGACAACGAUGCUAGAGUGGCCAACGAACUGCCUCACAGGACUCACCAGGAUCCUUGCGAUCAGCCAGGCCAUUGCCGUGGACACGAGAGAAAAUCUAAACACCGCCAUGUAUAAAUAACAUCAGUAAAUUGUCCUGUUACACCAUAUCGAGAAGUUAUCCAAUGAGAAAGCCGCUUAAAUUUUGGAGGAUCUAUGAUGGACGACAGAGAAAAAUAACGCUUUGUUUGUGAAAGAUUUUUUGAGCGCAAGCAAGGAUUAUUAAAACGAAAACCAAGCCAAACCAACUAAAUACCCAAAACGACAAAAAUCGACAAAAAACGACGAAAAACGAACAAAAAUCCUAAAAUCCAUUCGCAAGUUUUUCGGGCAAAGCAUCGAAAAAACACUUUUGAGAUUCAAAAAAUCAAAGCGAAACGAACAAAAACAAACUGGAAAGGAGCAGAAAAGACCUAGAGGACGAGAACGGGUGUAAAACGAAGGGAAAUACAAAUCAAAUUUAAAUAAAAUUAAAUGCAAAGGACAUUCGCAUGUGUGUGGUGGUGGAAAGAAAAUUCAAAACAAAAUUCACAAUUAGAAAACGCAGGAAAAAACGUAGAAAACGCAGACACAAAAUCAAGAGUGCCAGCAGCAACAGCAGCAACCAACUGUCAACAGCGGGAAGAAUUUUGAACUGGAACAUUUCGACCAAAAAGUUUGUUGGGCGACAGCAAAAUUUCAACGUUUGGCGCACUACAACACAGCAGCAAACAGCAGCAAGGACAUCGCGGCCAGGCAGCCAGGAUUGCAGGAGCGAGCGGUUUUGAAAGCGCAACACACAUCGACAAACCCUUCACACACGGACUAGUACUCACACUCGGAUCGGAACCAGGAUACCUUUUGGCUUAGAAAGCGGCCCAAGGAAGAGCCGCAGCCAGAACCUUAAGCUCGAAAUCACGCAUACGCCGCGGCGAACCCGCGCUCUCUCUUUGCCGGAACGAAGGGGAAGCAAAGCCAGAGCAAAAACCGACCAGCCAAUCCGAGGAAGCGGAGAGGGUGCCAGAGGGUUGCUGAGGGGAAAGCAGGCAGCGAAGGCAGCAAAGGCAGCGAAAGCAGGGAAUUCAUCGAGAGCUGAGAAGCGCGAGGCGAGAGAGCUGCUGCUGCUGGUGGGCAUCAUCUUAUGAUGUCAUCAGAGGAGUACGAGGCGGACUGUUUUGGUUUGUACAGCGAUGAGAACAACGUGCUGCUGAAGGCAACCGAGCCGGAGACAACUUCCACCAAGCAGCAACAUCAGCCACAGUUACAACAGCAACAGCAGCAACCACCGCCGAGCAGCAACGGUCACACGUCACCAAUACCCUUACAAGUCAACGGCGACGGCAGCGCGGCGAAUUGCGGCGAGAGCGCCAAGACUAAUACAAAUACAGGCAGCCACAGUCACAGUCACAGUUACAGCAACAGCAACAUCAACAUCAACAUCAACAGCGGCAACACCAACACAGACGCAGACAAGGAGCAAGAGCGAGAGAAGGCGAAGGAGAAAGCAAACGAAGAGGAAGCCGAGUCCGACGAUUCCGACGACGACGUCGUGGUUGUGCUCGAAGGCUGCGAAGGCAACGCCAGCAGCAGCAGCAGCAACGCCAGCAACAGCAGCAGCAACAGCAACAGCAACGCGAGCAGCAACAACCAUAAGGCAGCGGCCACGACGACGACGACGGCAACGACGGCGAACCAUUGUAAUCGCAGUGGCGGCAGCAGUCGCAGUCAUCGCAGCGCCCGCAGUAGUCGGCAAAUCAGUCAGUCAACGGCCGUCGGCAAGACAACAACGUGCGCGGCUAAAAAACCAACAGCAGCAGCACAGGCGACAGGCAGCACGACAACAGCCAAGAACUCGAACGUUAACUCGCACUCGCACUUGCACUCAAACUCGAACGUUAGUUUGAACGUGAACGUGAAUUCAAACGGUAGCGGAAACGGAAACGCGAACAACAGUAAAGUGAAUCGUCGUUCGCGUCAAAGAUCCUUGAGCAAAGACAUUAACAAUCAGCCAGCGAGCAGCAAUAGCAACUGCAAUAGCAAUAGCAACAGUAGUAACAACAGCAGCAACAGCAACGGCGGAGCAACGGCAACCGCUGCUGGCUUCAUGAGUAGCGCUGCCGCGGCUGCUGCGGGUGCCGCUGGUGGAGGAGCCCUGUUCCAACCACAAUCGGUCAGCACGGCCAACAACAACAGUAGUAGUAACAAUAAUAUAAACAAUACAAACACACCGGCUAGUAUUGCCACCCACUCACCCACGAGCAAUUCACCAGUUUCGGGCGCCAGUUCGGCAUCGUCCUUGUUGACGGCCGCCUUUGGCAACCUGUUUGGUGGCUCCUCGGCCAAGAUGCUGAACGAGCUGUUUGGCCGCCAGAUGAAGCAGGCCCAGGACGCAACGAGUGGCCUGCCCCAGAGUUUGGACAACGCCAUGCUGGCCGCCGCCAUGGAGACGGCCACCAGUGCCGAGCUGCUGAUCGGCAGCCUCAAUUCCACGUCCAAGUUGCUGCAGCAGCAGCACAACAACAACAGCAUUGCUCCCGCGAACAGCACGCCCAUGAGCAAUGGCACAAACGCAUCGAUCUCGCCGGGAUCGGCACACAGUUCGAGUCACUCGCACCAGGGUGUCUCGCCCAAAGGUAGUCGCCGGGUAUCGGCCUGCAGUGAUCGCUCCUUGGAGGCGGCAGCGGCUGAUGUUGCUGGAGGCUCGCCGCCACGAGCGGCAUCGGUCAGCUCGCUGAACGGUGGAGCCAGCAGUGGGGAGCAGCACCAGUCGCAGUUGCAACACGACCUGGUGGCGCAUCACAUGCUGCGCAAUAUACUGCAGGGCAAGAAGGAGCUGAUGCAACUUGACCAGGAGCUGCGCACCGCCAUGCAGCAGCAGCAGCAGCAACAGCAGCUGCAGGAGAAGGAGCAACUGCACUCCAAGCUCAACAACAAUAAUAACAACAAUAUUGCUGCCACCGCCAACAACAAUAACAACAACACCAUGGAGAGCAUCAAUCUGAUCGACGAUUCGGAAAUGGCCGACAUCAAGAUCAAGAGUGAGCCCCAGACGGCUCCGCAGCCACAGCAAUCGCCGCACGGAAGCAGCCACAGCAGCCGGAGUGGGAGUGGCAGUGGGAGCCACAGCAGCAUGGCCAGCGAUGGCAGUCUGCGACGCAAGUCCUCCGACUCCCUGGAUAGCCAUGGGGCGCAGGACGAGGCUCAGGACGAGGAAGAUGCUGCGCCCAAUGGCCAGAGAUCCGAGAGCAGGGCUCCGGAGGAGCCACAGCUGCCCACCAAAAAGGAGUCCGUGGACGAUAUGCUGGACGAGGUGGAGCUUUUGGGCCUGCACUCCCGCGGUUCCGAUAUGGAGAGCCUUGCCUCGCCCAGUCACUCGGACAUGAUGCUGCUGGACAAGGACGAUGUCCUGGACGAGGACGACGACGAUGAUUGCGUGGAGCAGAAAACAUCCGGCAGCGGAUGUCUCAAGAAACCCGGCAUGGACUUGAAGCGCGCUCGCGUCGAGAACAUUGUAUCGGGAAUGCGAUGCAGUCCAUCCUCCGGAUUAGUGCAAGCAGGACAACUGCAGGUAAAUGGCUGCAAGAAGCGCAAGCUCUACCAGCCCCAGCAACACGCCAUGGAGCGUUAUGUGGCCGCCGCAGCUGGUCUGAAUUUCGGCCUCAAUCUGCAGAGCAUGAUGCUCGAACAGGACGAUAGCGAGUCCAAUGAGCUGGAGUCGCCGCAAAUCCAACAGAAGCGUGUCGAGAAGAAUGCCCUCAAGUCCCAGUUGCGAUCCAUGCAGGAGCAGCUCGCGGAGAUGCAGCAGAAAUAUGUGCAACUGUGCUCGCGCAUGGAGCAGGAAUCCGAGUGCCAGGAACUUGACCAGGAUCAGGAUGUGGAACAAGAACAAGAGCCGGACAAUGGCAGCAGUGAUCACAUCGAGCUGUCGCCCUCGCCCACUUUGACCGGAGAUGGUGACGCUAGUCCCAACCACAAGGAGGAAACUGGACAGGAACGACCCUGUUCCAGCUCGCCCUCACCAUCGCCCCUGAAGCCCAAGACAUCGCUGGGCGAGAGCAGCGACUCGGGCGCCAACAUGCUGUCCCAGAUGAUGAGCAAGAUGAUGUCCGGCAAGUUGCACAAUCCGCUGGUGGGUGUGGGCCAUCCCGCCCUGCCCCAAGGAUUCCCUCCACUGCUGCAGCACAUGGGCGACAUGUCGCACGCGGCCGCCAUGUACCAGCAGUUCUUCUUCGAGCAGGAGGCGCGCAUGGCCAAGGAAGCCGCCGAGCAGCAGCAACAGCAGCAGCAACAGCAACAACAGCAGCAGCAGCAACAGCAGCAGGAGCAGCAGCGACGCUUCGAGCAGGAGCAACAGGAGCAGCAGCGCCGCAAGGAGGAGCAGCAACAGCAGAUCCAGCGCCAGCAGCAGCACCUGCAACAGCUGCAGCAACAGCAGAUGGAGCAGCAACAUGUGGCCACUGCCGCCCCCAGGCCGCAGAUGCACCACCCAGCGCCCGCCCGCCUGCCCACACGAAUGGGCGGGGCUGCUGCCCACACGGCCCUCAAGUCGGAGCUGUCUGAAAAGUUCCAAAUGCUGCGCGCCAACAACAACAGCUCAAUGAUGCGCAUGUCGGGCACGGACCUGGAGGGACUGGCCGAUGUGCUCAAGUCCGAGAUCACCACCUCGCUGUCCGCUCUGGUGGACACCAUUGUGACGCGCUUCGUCCACCAACGGCGACUGUUCAGCAAGCAGGCGGACUCCGUGACCGCGGCUGCCGAGCAGCUGAACAAGGACCUGCUGCUGGCUUCGCAGAUCCUCGACCGGAAAUCGCCGCGCACCAAGGUGGCGGACAGGCCCCAGAACGGACCCACGCCCGCAACACAAUCAGGUAAUAAUGGUUCACUACUCCUAGCUAAUAGUCAAAUGCCCUCCCAAACGCCCGCGAGCGGUUCGAGUGCGCAGCAGCAACAGCAACAGAAUGCACAGCAGCAGCAGCAGCACCAGGGCUCGCAGCAGCAGCAACAGAAUGUGGUGCAGCAGCAGAAUGUGGCGCAGCAGCAGCACAUGCAGCAGCAGCAGCAGCAACAGCAGCAGUCGCAUCCAUUGCUGCCGCCCAACUGCCAACAGUUGAUCUCCGCCCCCCGCCUAAAUGGCAGUCAGUUAUCCUUCGCAUCGCCCGCCGCUGCUGCAGCCGCUGCAAUGGGUCUGCAGAUGCACCAUGCCGCCGCAGCAGCAGCAAUGUCCGCCCAGCAGCAGCAGCAGCAGCAACAGUCGGGGGAUCCCGGCGCGAAUACUAACCCAAACAGCGGGCCAGCAAACCCCACUAACAGUAGCUUAAGUACCCUUAAUAUACCGCCACCUCACAUUCGUCCUUCGCCCACAGCGGCUGCCAUGUUCCAGGCGCCCAAAACGCCACAGGGCAUGAAUCCGGUGGCCGCCGCCGCGCUCUACAACUCGAUGACCGGACCCUUCUGCCUGCCGCCCGAUCAGCAGCAGCAGCAACAGACCGCCCAGCAGCAACAGUCCGCCCAGCAGCAGCAGCAGAGCUCGCAGCAGACGCAGCAGCAGCUGGAGCAGAACGAGGCCCUCAGCCUGGUGGUGACACCCAAGAAGAAGCGCCAUAAGGUGACCGACACGCGCAUCACGCCGCGCACCGUCAGCCGCAUCCUUGCCCAGGAUGGCGUGGUGCCGCCCACCGGAGGCCUGCCGUCUACCCCGCAGCAGCAGCAACAGCAACAGCAACAGCAGCAGCAACAACAGCAACAGCAGCAGCAACAGGCGUCGAAUGGCGGCAACAGCAAUGCCACGCCCGCCCAAAGUCCGACAAGGAGCAGCGGAGGAGCCGCAUACCACCCGCAACCGCCGCCACCACCACCACCCAUGAUGCCCGUGUCCUUGCCCACCUCCGUGGCCAUACCAAAUCCCUCGCUGCACGAGUCCAAGGUCUUCUCGCCGUACUCGCCGUUCUUCAAUCCGCACGCAGCCGCUGGCCAGCCAACGGCGGCCCAGCUCCAUCAGCACCACCAGCAGCACCACCCGCACCACCAGUCCAUGCAGCUGUCCUCGAGUCCGCCGGGCAGCUUGGGCGCUCUGAUGGACUCCCGCGACUCGCCGCCGCUGCCCCACCCGCCGUCGAUGCUCCAUCCCGCCCUCCUGGCCGCCGCCCACCACGGCGGAUCGCCGGACUACAAGACCUGCCUGCGGGCCGUCAUGGACGCCCAGGAUCGCCAGUCCGAGUGCAACUCGGCCGACAUGCAGUUCGAUGGCAUGGCUCCUACUAUAUCCUUUUACAAACAAAUGCAACUUAACACAGAACAACAGGAGUCGCUGAUGGCCAAACAUUGCGAAUCCUUGACUCCUUUGCACUCUUCUACAUUGACACCGAUGCACCUGCGCAAGGCCAAGCUGAUGUUCUUCUGGGUGCGGUAUCCCAGCUCCGCGGUGCUCAAGAUGUACUUCCCGGACAUCAAGUUCAACAAGAACAACACAGCACAAUUGGUGAAAUGGUUCUCGAACUUCCGAGAAUUCUACUACAUACAAAUGGAGAAAUAUGCACGACAAGCUGUCACCGAAGGCAUCAAGACACCCGAUGAUCUGUUGAUUGCUGGAGAUAGUGAAUUGUAUCGCGUGCUCAAUUUGCACUACAAUCGCAAUAACCACAUUGAGGUACCCCAGAAUUUCCGCUUCGUGGUCGAAUCGACUCUGCGGGAGUUCUUCCGUGCAAUACAGGGUGGCAAAGACACCGAGCAGUCGUGGAAGAAGUCCAUAUACAAGAUCAUCUCGCGCAUGGACGAUCCCGUGCCCGAGUACUUCAAGUCGCCCAAUUUUUUAGAGCAGCUGGAAUAAGUGGAGGAGUUGGCGCUGCCGACGCUGCCAUUGCCGCACCCACUGGGAAUGCCACCGCCCAUCAGUCCGGCCUCCACCUCCACCAACUGCAGCACCGCUACAACCACCAACUCCAGGCCCGGCAGCAGCCACCCGAAGGCGAAGCGCAGGCCAAAGCUAAAAGGCUAAACCUGCGCAGGAAACACGACUGGAUAUGACCAGCUAACCAGCAAUAAAAUCAAGGAUAAACAAUUCGACAAACAGUAUCCACACACAGGGCAGAAACUUAGACAUAGCUGAGAGAUAUGCAAAAGCACACGAGUCGAAAACGCGUUCAGAAAACACAUUGAGCAAAAUAUUUUUUCAAAAAUUUCCAAAACCACACAACUAAAUACACACACAUACAAUUACAACACACAUGAACCUCAGCAAAAGAGCGACAAGAAGAUGAAGCAUGUGGGCCACGGAUAUGCAAAUCCGGUGGGCCAAUUGAGCAAAACCAAAACUUAACAUAGAGCAGCAAGUCUUAAUCUAAUAAUGUGAAAUAGUGCAAAUUGAAAGAAAACCUGAGCCACACACCUGAGAACACCCACACACCGAGCGUAAUUUACAGGCAGUGUAAACUGUACUCGCCGUUGGUUUGUUAGUUGAAAUUUUUUUGAAAAUAUUUACAGCAGAUUACGUAUACGUAUGAAUAUUUAACAAAUAGUUGAGCCGUCUAAUGAUCUACCGAAAGUUGACACACAUUCCACAAGGAAAUACCUAUACAAUAACCACACGCAUUCCACGCACACACACACAGAAACACACACGCUCGCAUCGGUACAAAGUGUGUGUUCAUUUGAAAGAGAGAGAGAGAAAAUCGCUCGGCCAAACAGAAAAUGGUUAUUUAUCGCACUGCUUGGCCGACCGACUUUCCGGUAAGCAGUUUCCCCGCCCAGUUGCGCACUGCUUUACAAAAGCAGGCGCAGCUCUGACGGCCGGAAAUCGGGAAUUAAUCUUAAAAGUUUAAAAGUCACCCGAUCACUAAGGUUGCUACUCCCCUAUAUCCCCCAUUUAAGCGCUAAGCAUAUAUUCGAUGUCUAUUAAGCGAAACUAAAAGCAAAAAACUAAAAAAAAAUGUUAAGAAAUUUGCGAAAACUAUUUAGAUUUUUAAUGAGAGAGCCAGAGUUAUUUGUACGAACAGCGGGCGUUAGGGUAGUUAAAUUUACCAUCUUAUCUUUUACAAUACGUUAUGCGAACCUUCGACCAAAGUUAAUUGUUAACAUGAAUCCCUUGAAUACGAUUUAUUUUUAAUCAAUUCUUUUCCUUUAGUGCCCCACAUUUAAGCACGCAUCUUAAUUUUAUAGAAUAAUCAACAAACACACUAAAAACACACCACAAACACACACACACUAGUCUGUUAUUUAUGUAAAUAAUUUAUACGUUUAGUUAAGUUAACGUUUAGUUUAAUUAAUUUACUUUACUUGGCCUUGAGUUGCAACAAAACAAAAUAUACACAAAACACCAAAAAUACCAAUUAAAAAAAUAUGUUUUUUUCUUACUCCUCAUUUUAAGAACAUAUAUAUCUUAAUGGCCCCAUAUCUGGCUGGCUGAGAUCGAUCAUGCACUUCUCACUCAUCAGCACAGCAGACACAGCAUGGAAAGUGGGCGGGUUUAGAGGGAUAUGUUUGCCUGCUCUCCGUCCGGCGACUUUUGGGGCUGGGGCGGGCAAACCCUGUUGUUCCUGCAGCUGCAAUAACUCAUCUCCGAUUGCAACUGCAAAGCGACAACAGCAACAACAUCAUUAACUGCAUGCAAAACAUUUGAAUAUUUGGCACAGACAAAAUCAUAUUCCUCGAACGAAACGAACGCAGCGAAAUCGACAAUUUCGGCCCAACAAUUGCUCCGAGGAGCUCCAUCAGCCAGCCAGCCAGUCAGUUACCAAGUCAGUUAGCCAGUUACUAAGUUAGCCAGCCCCGCACCCUAGCGCCCUCUGGUGGGAGUUUAGAUUAGAUUGGAUGGAAACACCGCCACAAGGAGCAGACGAGAUCGCACCCCAGCAAACUUUUCGGCCACAACAAUGAUCACGAAAUUAUUGAACAAUAGUUGAAUUUUAGCUAAAACUAAAUUGAAACGAACUAAGCGAGUUUUUUAGGCUAAACCAGAGUUCCCAUGGGGAAUGUGAGCUAAAUUUGAUUGCACUUUGGCGUAACUAUGACAAAAUUAGUCGCGUUUAAGACGGUGAGUUUCCUAAUCCGAGAAGCGAGGUCGAGUGAAAGAAGAAACUGAGGUUCUUCAAAACGAAAUUGAAAGUGAAAUUCAAGUUUGGAUAAUUGAAAAAUAAGAAAUGCAUUUGCGAAAUUAGUAUUUAGGGAAUCGUACAAAGCAGAUGAGACAGGCAGAGGCAUUCGCUAAUCGAACUGAAGCUUAAGUUUAUCGCAUUACCAAGUUGAGUUAUCUUACCCCUUAGUUUCACCCAUCUUCACCGCAGACAGAAGUCGAAAUUCAAGCCCGAUUUUGGGGCCCCAGGAGUGACGCGUUGAUUGUUAAUGCCUUUACAAAAUUUACGAAGGAAGCGGCUUUUGGCAAUGGAGUUGAAAUUUAAAAAUGAAAUUUGGAAUGAAAUUUGGAAAUGAAAUUGACAUUGAAAUUGAAAUUGAUCUAAAUACAAUUGUAACUGAUUUUGUGAUAGAAAAGUAACUAACAACAAACUAAAAAUCGAACUAACUUCAUUAUUGUUUCGGAUAAAACCAAUAUGGAGGCUUCGCGCAGAAGCCUCCAUACGAAAUUAUUGAUUGAUGUAAAAAUAGUUAAAUGACAAUUGCGAGACGAGCGAAAUUAUGAGACGAAAACCAUUUAGGCAAUUUAAGGCGUAUUAACAAUAAACGUUUGGCUAACAAAACUUUAGGCGAAAUUUUAUCUUUAAGCAAAAUUCGAAAAUAGCGAGAAGCAUCCGUAUCUAAACCGUCGAAAUUCAGAGAGUUAACAGUAAUACGAAGCAAAAAGAAAAAAACUACGAAAAAUUAAUCACUCAAACCUUUCUGUUCUGUUCAGUUUGAAUCAGUUGUAGUCAGCGCUUUCUUUCUUUACCUCAAGGAAGGCGAAUGAACCGAUAUACUUGCGUACCAACAAAUGACACAGGAGCACACUUACACUUGCGUAUAUUUAAUGCAACAUACAUAUUUCAUACAUUUAUACUAACAUACAUACUAAACAUACAUACUUAAACUUAAGUCAACAAAUCAAAGGGGCGGACCACCAAAGGGUCCGUCACGAACGAUAAUUGGUUAAUAAAAGCGAAAUUAAUUGAGAAAACAGAAAACACAAAUGACGGCGCUUGGAUUUUUCUUUACCAAAAUUUAACCCCCACCUUUUGGCCGCUUAUAAACUACCCACAUUUUUGGUUCAACUCUCCCCAAAAACCAACCAAACGACCAAACUCCGUCAGCAGAAUUUUUGGCUUUUGUCACCGCAAAAUUGGAACUGAUUGGCAAGCACAACAACACCACCAUCACACACCUCACUAACCCACAGCCACGAAACAACAAUUUCAACUAAUCGGUGGAGCGCAGAGGCGAGAAGGGUAAGCUAAAUUCAUUCUAAUUCAUCUUAUUCGAGCGACGCAAACCAAGCGAAAGAGACACCUGGCGGACGCGGAUAGCAGUUGCGCCAGCCUUCAGCCACGCCCACCAAACUUCGGAAUGCCCUUUCGAGAACCACUAGGAAAGCGAGUUUAUUUCCUCCAGAUCAAUCUUUCGGUGUUGGAAAAAUUCCAAAAUGAACUACAGAUCAGCCAUAGGCCCAAGCAAAGUUCCUUUCUCGUUUUUUUGGCCAAGCUGCUGCCGCCGUUCGCCAGGUACAGUUUACACAUGGAACUAAGUUAGCAUAAGCAUUUAGAUUAAGCACAGCAGCAGCAGGAAACCAACCAGACGAGAACCGGAAAUGGACAUUUCCGGACAAAGCAACCAAUCAGCGACCCGAGUGACCAGUGUUGGUCAGCAGAACGAAAUCAAGUUCACAGCACAGCAAAUCCAAACUUAAACCAUUAAUGAACACCGCACGCAAACCGAUAACGAAAACAAAUCGAUCAAAUGAUCGAGGCAGACGAUGGGAAGCGAGAUCGAGAUGGAAGGCGAGAUAAGUAUAUACCUACUACACGUAAACCAAUUACCAAAUAUAAAAGCAGACGCAGCCAUAUGCAAUUUUAACUAGAUUUUAAAAGCAUUAAUACCGCAGAAUACCAAGCAAACCAAAAGAAAAUUACCCAAAACAUACCGAUUACUGAUUACUGAAUGAAAAAAAAAACAAAACCGAUAACAGAAAUUGAUCAGAUUUGUACAUAGCGACAUUUAAAUACAACUACAUACACGUAAUUAAAAUAUUACUACAGUCUAAGCAUAAGCAAACCCCAAGCCCACUCAGAGCCCCUGAAAGGGACAUUCUGGCCAUGGCCAGGACGAUAUUCACUCACAGCCUUACCGCAUUGAAAAUGCUCGCAUUGCGAUUUCCGUUAGGAGGGAAGGAAGAUGGAAGAAAGAAGGAGUAGGGGAUUGAGAUAGAAGGUGUGCCAAGCCGGAAUCGGUAUAUAUAUCAAGCAGAUCCCCUUUGGCAAGCCCACACACGCACAAAACACUGAAAAGCAAAUCAGUCAAACUUACACGUAGGGUACAUACUCCAUGGUAUAAAUCAAAGCAACUCUAUUCGUAACUUCAACUUCAGAGUAACCAUAAGUUAGUUAAACAUCCUUGGUUUGGAAAACAUCUGAUCACAAGACAGAAAGGACGAAGAAAAAUAAAAAACACAUAAAUUUGCAGUUUUGGUAUACAUGAAAAUGAAAAAUGAAACGAAAAAUCUUUUUAACGAUGAAAUAUUUCCAAAAAAAAGGAAACAAUUGCGUUUUUUUAGUAGCAAGCGCGAUUCUCAAAAUUCCCAACAACUUUUGGCCAAAAGUCGAGUCACCGAACAAUAAACAAAAACCGUUUGGAUGUAAAAUUUUUAUCACUUAUUUGGCGUAGGAAGAAUCAGACAGACGAGUGUAGAAGAGGAGUGUAUGAAGAUUAAGCCGUGGUGCAUCCGAAUGAACCACAUCUUUAUUUACAACAAACUGCAAUAGAGCAGCACACAGUGCGAAUACUUUCGGCAUGCACUGUGUGCCUGCACCAAUGGACUUAGUUAAACAAUCAAAAUUCCUGCAAUUAUUGCAACAGCAACCAGUAUUACUAACAUUUUUCAGUUGAUCAAUCAGGAAUCAAUUUACGCAUCCUUAUUUGUGAAGUUUAUGAAGAAGAGGUUAAAACUUUUGGCUUAUGACGUAAACCCAACUUUUCGGCCGCAAUGAACAUUGCCCAUGGAAAUUCCAAAUUCGAAUUGAUAUAUAUAUACAACAACAUCAAAAAGCACACGAGAAAGUAUAAAAAUAUAAAGAAAAUGUUGCAUAAACCCCUAAAAAAAACGAUAACCGAAUAAAAACAACGAUAACGAUAAACAAAUACCUUAGUAACCGAUAACAGUGAAGCAAGGGAGGAUGAGAAUUUGCAAUUAAGUUUUAACAGCCAACAAUAGCCAGGGAAACAUACACAACUCGUAUGUGAUAUUUUUAAGUUAAUCUCUCACAGUUUUCCACAACCACAAUAAAUAUUUUUACUCAAAUAUACAAAGCGAAAGAAGCAUAGAAAACCAAAAAAAAAACCAAAUAAAAAUCGAAAUAUGAAGGAGACAACAACAAGCCCAAUUAGAAGCGACAAUACAUAAAAAAUAAAGAUUGGUAUUAACAACAGCACAAAGCACUUCCAGCAGCAACUUUUUUUGGGUUGCGUACACAUAUCAAAGAUAAAUACGCUAUAUAUACUAUAUGGAGCGAUAGGAGAGAGAUAUUUCUUUUUUGUUGAGUCCUUAAGCCAUCCUGAGUUCAAAUUUUACACUGAAUACCAUAUAACUGAAUAUUUACCCAUGAUCGAAUACAAAUAUAAAUAUAUAUACAUAUAAACCAAUACCAAAACUAAUCCAUAAGUGUUUAUAGUUGAAUUUUGACAGGAGCGAAUCAGCGGGAGAAUCAGAUUUUAUGCCACAGUUUCAUUUGCAAUAGUCGAGCGUGCCACGCACGAACCGGGAUAAUUUAUAGUACAAUACAAUGCAACAAGCAGACAAAGAAACAAAUAAACAAUUAAGCAACAGCAACCAAUAACUUUUUAUAAAACGAUUUAUAUUUUUAUACUCAAACGAAAUCAAUCAACAACAACCGCAGCAAUAGCCAAUUAGCCAAAUAAGCCAAAACUUUUAGUUCGUUCACCGAGAUUUUCAGUUAGCAAUUAACGACAACAGCAACAAUUAUGUUCUCAUUUACGAAUCAGCAAUCGAGCGUAUCUGAGUGUCCCAUUCGAUCCCAUCCCAGCUGUUAUAUAUCCGAUCCCCGGCGCAGCCAAGCAUGCCACCCACACAAGAAAUUGCCAAUAGAAGUGCAGUCCACGUGCUGCCAGUGAAAAUAUUUCAAGACGAAGCCCCGAAGAAGAUGCCUGCCUGCUGAACCCGAGGGAACCGAGACCAGAGACCAGAGACCAGAGACCAGAGGAGUAGCCACAAACAAAACUUUAUGCAAAUCGUGCUUGGACAGUCCGGGAUCAGGAUAUAUGUCAGCUGCCGGCGGGUCAAUCAGCCAAACGGGAGCCACACACUCAGAUCACGACUCACAUAGACAACAAGAAUAAGUGAUAAAAACCCUUUGUUUCACAAUUCUCUUACGAGCAGGCCCAAAAGGGCCAGAAAACUUUGCGUGCGUUUAACUGGUACCGUUCCUGGUAACACAAAGCCAAAUCAAAUCAAAAGUAUAUACAAAUACAUAGGUGUAUCGCAUAUCUGGGGGACGUGCAACGCGCUGCGAACGAACUGCAAAACUCCUUUGGUUUACUCUCACACAAUAAAGCAAACAGUUACAGAUACAGAUGCACUUGCAGAUGCAGCAGCAAUAAACAGGUGAAAAUUGACAAAUCGCAACUCGAGACGGGGGUCCAACAUGGCCCCCAGACAAUAGCCCAGCAAUAUUAUUAUUAUUUCCCACUCGGCGUCCUUUGUAAUCCCCCGAGGAUUAAAGGUGCGCCACCAGCCGUCGUCAACUGAAGUACAACCAAAACGAAAUCGCACCCAUUGGCACCACCAAGAAGCAAGCAGCCGCUGCAUUAGUCCCCCACCCCCACCAGCACAGAAAGAUAAACACUAAAACUAAUUAAGUAAGUUACCAGGAAAGGGCCCAGACGUUUGUCAAAAUUCUACACGAAAUUUUAUGUAAAACAACUGUAGGAGCAAACGAAAAACGCAAUUCCAACGAGCCAACGAAAGAGCUAAAUAAACGAAAUAACAAAAUAAACGAUUUUCAGUUUCAAGUUUUUCCUUCUCGGCCAUCGAUCCAAGUUUCGAUCGAUCGCCCAUCCUAUAAUUUAGUCGAGAUAAAGGCGUGCCACGGGGCGUGGCAUGUGUACAAUAUGUAAAGUAAUUAAAAACGUAAACCAUGUAAACGAAGGCGAUAAGCGAACAAAUGAAACAACAAUAUUUAUACAGAGACUGCAAACAAAUGUGAUCAGAUAUUUUAUAAUAUAUAAGUUUACAUAGCAAUCGACAGGCAACAUCGACUAUAACUAUAGCCGAUGCGAUGCUACCGAUCAAAUCAAAAGCCAAGAACAGCGAUAGCUACAAACACAGCAACAGCAAAAGCAAAAGCAACUGCAACAGCAACCACAGUAGGCGUUAAGGUAACCGUUAGCUAACCGUAACCCUAACCGUAACCGUAACGAAACGAGAGCCGUAAACGUAAGCUACCGAUAAACAAAAAAGUAUUUAUAAUGAUAUUUUUUACAAUAGCAUAUACAACUAAAUAUAGCAAAACGACAAACAAACCGAGCGGGAGCCGCAGCUAGCGACAGUACCCCAAAAACUCUCUAACCCCUAACCCAUACCCUGUAAUCCUCCAAAGCCGCGUUUAUCCCGAAUGUCCCGAAGGUCGAAGCUGCGGCCUCCACGCGCAACAGUUGCCUUUCACAGAAACAAUUUACCGAUUAAGUUACCAAUAGUGAAAUAGACAAGCCAAAACGGUGAUCACGCCCCCGCUGAUAAGCCCAGCAAAGGGGGCGUGGCGCCGCAGUUUUUCCAGCCAGUUUUCAGUUGAGCAUUUCCUCAGUUCGUUCGAGUACAACAACAACAAAGGAAGAGGGCAGAGUAAAGUUCUUAAGUUCACGGUUCAUACAAAGAUUAUACUUAGUUUUCGGGAGUGGAUGAAAGUGGAUGAAAGUAGUGGAGCGAGGAGCGAGGAGUAAUGGAUGCGGAGACAGUGAAGCGUCGAAUAAGAAGUCUUAGGAUGGGGUAACCAGUAAUAUACAGAAAAACACAUGUAUAAAGCAAUCUUAUAUAUGUGACCAAUUUGUUUCGAUUUAGUGAGUCGAGUUCUUCAGUUGGAUCAACAAAGUUUGGCAGCAUUUUCAGCCUGAGUUAAGCGAUUGAAGCGAUUGUUAUGCGAAAUUGAACAAUACUUGAGUUCUGAACAAUAGUGCCGGUAACAUUUAUACGAUAAGUGAAACUAUAUAAAUAGACAUAUAUAUAAAAUACAUACUCUAGACGUCGUAAUCCGUAUUUCAGCAUAGCUAACAAAUGUUCUAAAUGUACACUGAGUAAUGAAAAUCCGGAACCCAAGCAACAAACAAAAAAAAAUGAACAAAUUUCGAGAAAUCGAGUGAGUGAGAAAGUUAGAGGGUAUUCGCCUGCGCAGCAUUUUCCGAGCGUAAACUGCAGAUUGAAUAUUACCUGGUAUUGGCCGAGUGACCCCACAAAACCCCCAAAAAACCCCAAGUAGCCCCGCCCCCCAGCACACGAACCACACUCAACCACAUUACGAUCCACAACCUUAUAAAUAUAUAUAACUUAUUACUUAUAUAAGGAAAUAAACUCAAAGCAAGCAAAACAAAAUAAUAAUAAAAUACAAAUACAAGAUAAUGGUAGUUGCUAUUUUAAAUAUGUAUUACAAAACCAACAAAAAUACCAAAAAAAAAAAACAAAGAAAACAAAACUAAAUAAAACCGAAUGUCAGUCGAAAUAAAAUGAUCUUCAGCGCAAGCAGCAAAAGUCUCUAGUAAAUGUUAAGCAGGAACCAAAAGCCAACCUAAGCAACAACAGCAGCAGCAGAAACCGAUUCAGAAGCAAAAGCCAAGCAAAAGCAAAAGCAGAGCAAAGCAAAAGCAACAGCAAAUCAGUCAGACACACCUAUAUAUUACCUUAAUAUAUAUACGCAGUUUGUUCCAAGCCAAAGUCAGUACGAGAAACUAUAUGAUAUUUGUAUGCUUUUUUACUCACACCAUAUAAGCCAAGUGGAAAUUGGGACAGAUCGGCAGCACCUAUUCGCCAGGAUACUCCGCCGCCGCAUUUAGGUUUAAUUUACGCACUCAGACACGCAGACACAGAACACACUCGAAAAAAAAAGAAAGAAAAACGGAGAUACUACGAAAUUGAAUGUCAGCAUAGGUAUAAUCGUAACGAGAAUCAACUAAAAUUUAUACUCAUAGCUUAGCAGUCGCCGUAAUUGAUUUAUAUUUUGUCAGCCACACGAAGCAGAAUCAAACCGACAGACAAGACGAACUCAACUAAGCUAGAUACAGAUACAGAUACAGAAUAUCCAAAAGAUACAUUAAAUAGAACUCAUCAGCAGCCACCUAAAACAGAAGAACAACCCCAGUAACUACAACAACUUAAAGCCGUUCAACCAACAACAAUAUCUAGCAGGAUCAGUUCACAGAUGCAGCAGCUUACUUAUAGUUUUUCAGGAUAAUAAAGAUAACGAUACAUACAUAUUUAUAGCCAAGCCCAGCCCAAAAAAAAGGAACUCCAGACUCCCACAAUCAAAAGCAGCACAGGUACAGAUUUCAGAGCAGGAUCAGAGGAGAAAUGAGGAGGAAUGAAAGGAAAAAGGAUGAGGAAACAUUUCAAUCAAGUGGUAGCAUUUCGAAGAACGUUUUAACAUUUCGGCUUAGAAAUAUGUAGAGAAAAAUGAAAACUUUCGGCUCAAAAGCAACGCGCUGCAUUUUGCAAAAGAAAACCAACAAGUAUGAGAAUUCUUGCAAAUAUGCAAGACUAAACGAAUACCUAAAUGAAGUAAAACACUCUCGGCUAAGACUUUGGCGUGAAUUUCGGAAAAUAAAUGAAGAAAAACUCAGACGUAGAUUCAGAUUGCGACAUCAAAAGGGAUAUAAAACCAAAUGUGACCAAAGACGCGGUGCAAGUGGCCCAGUAGUUUCCCAGAUACUUUCAACACUCGCAGACCCCCAAAAAAAUCAUGUUUAGGUGUAAGUGUAAAAUUAUAUAUAAACGUAUUUCGGUAAUGUUCCUAAUAAACAUAUGACACACAUUCGCUCACAGACAGACGUGUGCGCAUAUAUGCAUAUGCAAAAAGGAUAUAUGUGCGGAUAAAUUGCAGUUUCGGCCACACAGUAAAAAUUCAGCAUUUAACAGUUUGGCAAGUAAAUUAGCGGGUAUAAACAAAAACUAGGAAACAAAAAUUGGUCUGCGAGCUCGAUUUAGCUGGCAAAAACUCUCAAAGACUGGGCUGCUUGCAGAAACAUUAGAACAUGUAAAAUGAAAUUACCUUAAUUGUUUACAGGCAGCAUUCUAUGAGGAGAUUACUUUCAGAUCAGUUAGAUAAUCUUAUUUCCCGUUGAAAAGUGGACAACAUCAGUGCUUUUCAAUCAGUGACAACGCGUUUAAAAGCCCAAAAAAGAAUAAAGAAAUCAUGCAAGUACGAAACAAAUCACGAAAUGAACUAAAUUAAAAACCUCUCGGCCAUGUUUGGAUAAUUCUCUCUCGGUGUAAACAUUCAGGACAAAUUUACAAAAAACACAAAAAAAAACAAAAACCAAAAAGAAAAGAAAAACUUUAGGAUUAAAAAAAAAAGGGAAAAUACGAAUUCAAAAUCCAAAAAUUAUACGCAAAAUUACUGCAUUUUGGAACACAAAAUUACGUAACAAAAACUUAAGAUGUAAGCGAAAGCAGCGUAGAGUUGCAUUUCGGAAAGCAGUAGAGGAAGCAGUAGACGAAGCAGGGAAGUAAGCAGUAGAGACAGCAGCCUAAACCAGAACGGGAAAAUGGAAAACUUUGAAAGAAAUUUUGAAAACGUGUUGGAAAAAUAUCAGAAAAAGUACAAGCUUAUUUUAAGCACCUUCGCGCCUUAUCUUUAAGAACGUAAAUAAAUCGAUGCAAAAUGAGAAAAAAGUAACCAAAACAAAGCGAUAACAAAAAACAAACUUAAAUUAACAUAAAUUUAAUACGAAAACAUUGUACAUUUAGAAAAUACGAGCAAAAUUGAGCAAAGUUUCGAUACAUCUCCGGGUAGUUAACCUUAUCUAAGCUUAAGUUUGAUUCUAUCCGGCUAAAUUCGGGCCCGGAUACUGCAGAAAGCACCUUUAGUUUCCCCUCAGUUCGGGUUUUAUGAAAAAACCAGUCCUAAAUUGUAUACACAAGCAAGGAAAGGAUAAUACGAAAAAGCAUUAGAUGAAAAAGCUGAAAAGAACAUGACUAGUCGACAACCAAGGCAGUGGCGGGAACUCAUUGGAAAAAUCAGUUCCGGUCCUAGCUGACAAUUGAAACCGAAUAAACAACAAACAAAAUUCCAAAACAUUGCAGCAGCAGACUUCAAAAUUAUAAAAAGAUAAUUAAAAAAGCCAACCAAAUUAACAAAAUUCAAAACUGCGGUUCGGAGCACAUAGGAAAAGUGUAUGAAAGUAUGAAAGGUAUGAUUAAAAUAAAAAUCCAAAAAGCUAAAGCGAAGAUUGAAAGAAAAAGUAAACUUUUGUGUUCCCCAAAUCUCUGUAAAUGUUUAAAUGUAUGAAAGCAAACCAGUCGAGGACACUACUUGAGUUAGGUUUUGGUGGGGCUGAGACCGACUUCAAAAUAAGAUGUGUAUGUAAAAAAAAACUAAAAUGAAUACUAUAAAGGUAACGCUAUGAAUCCUAACCCAAUUGCCCUACAUUUAGUUUUAAAACUUAAUAUGUAUCUAAACCUUGUCCACUAUCCACCAGCUUACAUUCGUGUAUGUAAACCCCAUUUCAUUGUGUUUGAGAUUUUCCAACGAUCGAUCAAGUGCGAUUCCUUCUACGCUCUUGAGUUCCUUCCCCAAAGAACCUCAUCCAGACAGAUCCGUUGUGACUUGUGGACCGGGCCAAGGAGUGGCCAGUUCUCAAGCCUCGAAAAUAAACCCAAACUGCCCGGCCCAGUGGCCAGUAGAUCGGCAUUUGGCGGGUCGGGCAACUCCAGGACAUCCAGAUCCGUUUCGCACCAUAGCACUCAAGGCAAUACAAACAACCAGCGGCUAGAGAGAAGCAAAAUGAAAAGAAAAGCAGAAGACAAGGCAAAGGACAAGUUUCGAACCAAGGAUUUCGGUAACAUUUCGAACGCAACUUUCGGCAGAGUUUCGAACAACUUUGGAUUAGGCUUUUGUUGUUAAUUUGUUUUUUUGCGACCACGUCUCCAUAGCACUCGAGCAACAUGCAAUAUGCAACAGCAACAUGCAACAGCAACACACAACACAAGCAGCAAGCGGCAACGUGAUACACGAGUUGAGCAAGUGAAAAGCAAUUUUUGAAAUGGGGCCACAACGUCCGAUCUAAAGUGCCUUCAAGUAACAAUGAAAACAAAAGAAAACAAAAAGAAAAUACCAAAACUAAAAACUGUUAAUUUUUUAUGUAACUAAAACCAACGCGGAGGAAGAAAUUAUAACAAAAAAAAUUGUAUAAAGAAAUUAAUCGUGUAAAAAGUAUAAAAAAUUUAAACAAAAACUAAGCGAUGACGAUGGUGAACGCGAAAGCGGAAACGAAAACGUAAACGAAGAGAAAGGGCUCCAAAUAGACCGGAAAGCAAGCAAAAACCAAAACUGCUCUAUUCUUUGGCCUGGUCACACUGUCCCUCCGAAGGAACUCACUUAAGUUAGUUGGAAAAAGCGGAGGAAAUCGAUCGCAAAUCUCAUAAAACCCAUAUUAAGCAUUUACAUUCGCAUCCCUCCCUAGCAAAAAGUUGUAAUUGACUACCUAAUUAAGCGAAAAAAUAUGUAUGUAUUUAGUUGUAGUAUGUAAGCGAAUGGAAAUUCACAUAAAACUCGAUUUAGACGAACAUUAUGUAUGGGAAAAUUAAUGAUUUAGACUAGCGAAAGCAGCAACAAAGGUUUGGAUAUAGACACCACGAGUAUACCCCCAAUACCCCAUACAUACGCCUAUAGCGCUGAGUUGCUCAUCUAUCAAUGUACUUAAAACCACAAGAACACAGCCACACUGACACUUGCAUGUACUAUGCUACAUUUAAUUUAGAUUUAGAUGCGAAUAACUAAGUAUUCAACUCAAAGUUAAGCGGAGAACAAUGCUAGAUGAACUGGGAACGGCAUACUGACGAGGUGGCAAUUAGGUAUAGAGCGAACUAUAUUUAAGGACUCGGAACUAGCGACUCUCAGAAAAAAAAAAAAAAAGAAAACGCGAGUGCGCAGCGACACAGGAUCGCAGAUAAACUAUAAGACUUUCCAGAAACGAAGGGGGAAACCUGCCGUUUCCCACUUUUGUGCUUUUUCCUACCCCUAACACACUGCAGACACACACACACACACAGGAGAUCUUGAGUUGGCAGCAUCGUAAUCGUUUCUUUAGUCGACGAUGGGAACGAACUAGCAAAAAUUAGCAAAAUUUAAAAUUGAUUACGUAUUACACGGCACACAGCACACCUCCCACUCACUCAUACACACACACGCACACCCACACACACACACUCACCCAGAUACUCCAUGUAUAUAAUUAUGUAUAUUCCUUUGAGCUGAACAUUGUAUAACCGAACGAUUACGAUACCACACAAAUACACACACAUGGAAAAACCAUAACCUAAACCAUCAGAAAACAAGGACACACCGAGGUGUGUAAAGGGUUCUUUGCUUACAACUUUUCAAACGAAUUAAUCCGUUUCGGCCAACCUUUAGGAUUGACAAAAGAUCGCCAUGAGGAACACAGCCCCGCCCACUCUGCUCUAAAAUUCAAUGAGCGGGGGGCGGGAGAAUGCAUCGUUUCGGUUGAUGGAUGCAAACGAUCAAAAAUGUAUUGGCCCCCAGGCCAAGUGAAACCAAAUCGAGCCUAGAAAUUGAUUUAUGUUCUAUUAAGCAAGCAAAAACAACAUGCGAAAAUUGUGAAAUAUAGAAAAAUAAAAACUUUCAGUUAAAAUACAACAAUAGACCGGAAUGAUUUCCAAGCAAUAGUACAAACAACUUUAGAGAUAACUUUUAUAAUGUAAUUGUAAACUAAGUGGUGGAAGGCGAGCUCCGGAAAAUGCAAAAGGCGGGGAAAAAUGCCAAACUAUAGUAUUCCUCGAAAAACUGAAAAAUCUGGAGCGGUGUGAGAAUAAAAUGGGAGGAAAACCCCGCGAAUGCAUAUACGAUUUACCCUAAUUUAUACUGAGUUGAAAUUUUAACACACAUUGAUUUGAAAUUUGAUUAGUGCGAAGUAAGCGAAAUUGAAGGCCAUCAGAAGCCGAUGACAUUUUCGAAAUUCCAACUUGACAUACGAGCAUGCAAUGCCGCAGGACCUUCCCUUCGCCAGAAGCUGAAGGCCAAGUAAAACGAUUGAAUCAAGUCACUUCACACACAGUUUAAAUUUAUAAGAAUAUGUACUUACAAUAGGAAACGUCUCCCAAUUUUCCAACUUCCCGAUUUCCCGAUUUACCAACACCCCCAGUGUCCCCUUGCCCCAAAAACUCACACAUUACUAUUUACCACAAUAUGAAAAGAAUGCAAAGAAAAGAAAACCAAAAGUAAUGGAAAAA